AUGGAUCGUCUAUCUGAACGAAGUACGCCUCAUGACACCAUUGGUGACAUGCAGGAUUAUCCCCCGAAGACGGAAGAAGUAUGGGAGGAGGUGACCCAUGAUGCCGUCUUUGGAGAAAUCUCAGAGGAGGGUCCUAAUUAUCGUAAUGUGGGCUUCUUCGGAACUGUGAUUCUCAUGAUGAAAACCCAGAUUGGUUUGGGCGUUUUGUCUAUACCGACAGCUUUUGAUACCCUGGGCAUGGUUCCCGGUGUGAUUGUUUUAUGUGCCGUUGCUGCGAUCACGACAUGGUCUGCCUAUGUUGUUGGCACGUUCAAGCUUCGCCAUCGGGAGAUAUAUGGAAUCGAUGAUGCAGGAGCUUUAAUACUUGGUCCGAUCGGGCGUGUCAUUCUUGCAACUGCAUUUUGUCUCUAUUACAUAUUCAAUGCCGCCUCUGGUAUCCUCGGGAUCUCGAUCGGGUUCAAUGCAGUCUCAACGCAUGCCCUCUGCACAGCUAUCUUUGUGGUUAUUGCGGCUAUUCCAGGCUUUCUGUUUAGUAGUAUUCGCACGCUGGGCAAGAUUACCUGGCUCGCGUGGAUCGGAUUGCCGUGCAUUCUUACUGCAAUUCUCAUUGUUACUGUUGCCGUUGGUAUCCAAGAUCACCCUGCAGCUGCACCACCAGGUGUCUGGGUUUCCGACUUCAAAGUCGUGAACACUCCAGGCUUUACCAAAGGCAUUACCGCCGUAUCUGCCAUCGUUUUUGCAUUCUCCGGCACACCGGGAUUUUUCUCCAUCGUCUCUGAAAUGCGUGAACCUCGCCAAUUUACGAAAGCUGUGAUGGCAUGCCAGGCCGGUGUAACCCUUAUCUAUAUGAUCAUCGGUGUCGUUGUCUACUACUACUGUGGAUCUUAUGUCUCAUCACCAGCCCUCGGCUCUGCUGGUGGAACCGUGAAGAAAAUCUCCUACGGAUUCGCCUUGCCCGGGUUAAUUGUUACAUUAACAAUUGUGUCUCAUAUCCCUGCAAAAUACAUCUUCCUUCACCUCCUCCGGGGCUCAAAACACCUGACCCGCAACACGCCGACGCACUGGAUCUGCUGGCUUAGCUGUACCUUUGGUAUUGCCGUCAUUGCAUAUAUCAUUGCCAGCGUGAUUCCUGUCUUCGACUCACUAGUCUCCCUUAUCGGUGCGCUACUGGGCCCACUCAUGUGUUUCCAGACAAUGGGUGGCAUGUGGCUCUAUGAUAACUGGGGAAAUACAGCCAGGACCAAGAAGUGGUAUGGGAUGGUCUGUUUCAGUAUUUUCGUGAUCGUUUCCGGAACCUUUCUUAUGGUUGCCGGAACGUACGGGUCGGUGGUGGGGAUUAUUGAUACGUACAACUCCAGUGGAGGUUCGGCUGCUUUUUCCUGUGCGGAUAACUCGAACUCUGUGUGA